UUGACUUAUUGAUGAAAUUCCUUGUUAGUGGAGGAUACCAUUUGCGAGGAAUGACUGGAGUUUAACUCCAUUUGCGGCUGUUAUCGUGAGCUUUCUUUUGGGGUGGGGUUAUAUGAUAGCAACAUGGCGGAGAGCUGUGCGUGGUUGUUAGUGCUUGGCUCAGUUUUAUUAUGUAGUCUGUUCAAGAUGUUGUUGCCGACCCUUUCCUCACUUGUGGCCAGACUUCUGCAAAAAGAUGGAGAGACUGAGCUCCAAAUGAGAUAUGAAAUUGGAAACAUGAAGCAGGAGUUGGCAACAAUCAGUAUGAUGGAUGAGUUUGCCAGAUACGCAAGGCUGGAGCGCAAGAUAAAUAAAAUGACUGAUAAACUGAAAACUCAUGUCAAAACAAGAACGGCACAGUUAGCAAAGAUCAAGUGGGUGGUGAAUAUUGUUUUUUAUAUUGUGCAGGCAGUUUUAAUGAUUUCCCUGAUAUUGAAAUAUUAUUCAGAACCCGUAGCUGUGCUUCCACGAAAAUGGAUGGCACCUUUGGAGAGGAUGGUAGCUUUCCCAACUGGAGUAGAAGGUGGGGUGGGAAUCACAUGCUGGCUCUUGGUCUGCAAUAAAGUUGUGGCUGUAGCAUUACAGCCAUUCAUCUGAACUGUGAUGCUGGGAAUUCAGAACCUGUAUUUCUUAUUAUUUUGCUAGCUUCCCUUCUGGAAUCAAAUAUUCUUUUAAAAGAGAAUUGUUGUGGUUUCUAAAUUGUUUGCAAUAUCAUUUUGUCAAGUUUUUUUUUUUAAACUGCUUUGAUUUAAAUGGAGAAGGUGAAUGAAUGAAUGAUUGUCCAGAAUAAACUUUGUCAAACAUAUCAAUUUUUUUUUUUUUUUUGGGGAGCAAUACAAUAGGAUUGACAGUUUUGCAGAUUUAUUUCAAAUUAGAAAAGGGUAUUUAGGGACAGUUAUAAAUGAUCACAUAAGUUUUUAAUACCUGGAAAAACAAUAAUCAUAAGUUAUGAUGCCAAACUGUGAUUUUCUGUAUAUACUAAUUCAUGCUGUUGAGUUUAUCGGUUUUGCACAAGUGUUGCUGUCUAGGCAUUGCAAAUUUAUUUAUUGGAUCAUUGUUUUGCAUCUCAAGGCAAUUUGUUUCAAAUCAUAACUCUUUACAUUUGCAGUCUUAAAAAUAGUGCCAACAGAAGCUAAGUAAUUGAAAGAAAAUAAAGAUAGAAACUGCUAGAAAAACUCUACAGGUCAGGCAGUGUCUAUGUUUCAGGUCAGGUUUUACUUUUUUUUUUAAAUAAAACGUGAAUGGAGCCUAUAUGUAAGGAUAAACCUGUAACAUUAGCAAAACAUAGUGUGGGCAGUAGAGAGUUAGGGGAAGAGUUCACGCUAUGGCAUUAAGGCUAAAGUUCCACAUGUCCAGUAAUGGUGGUCUUUUUACAGCUUAAAUUAAACGUAUUCUGUUCUGGAUCCCUAGAAAGACGUUGAACUAAAGCUGUCAAUUGCAUUUUUUUUAGUAAGAAGGAGAGAGUGAGGUAUUUAUUAAUUUUGUUUUUUUUUUGUUACUGGAAAUCUAAAUUUGAAGAAUCUAUGGUGUUUUAAGAAUAUGUUGCAGAUUAAUAGUUGACUUUAUUAAUAACAUUGGUAUUCUGUGCUAAUGACGUUUCUCUGUAUUUAAAUGUUGAAUCUUGCCAUGUGUAGUAUUGUCAGUAUAACUUUCCAAUGAAAGUCAAACUUUGCUUGAAGAUGAGUUGGAAAGUUCACAACCAAACUAGGAAAUCUCCUGGAUCUUGAAUGUAGUUUCCUUGGCUAUGUGCUACACUAUCUAUGUCCCAGAAAUGGGACAUUUUCAUUUGUAUACAGGCUGUUUAAGCCACUUUUAGAAUAAAGCUUUAGAUUUUCUGAUGGGAGCUGUUAUACAAAAUAUUUUAGAUCCACUUUGCCUUAUGGUUCGAAAUUGUUGUCUAGAAGUUCCACUGAUGAGACAUUUAGGAAAAUUUACAAGAUGUUGUGCUAUUAAAUUGUUUAGAUGUGGGUCUUUUGGAAGCCUUAUUUGCUACCUUUGUUAUAUGAGCAGAGAGGUGCCACAGCUUUCCUCAUUUCUGAAGUGGAAAACUCGAGCUGUUCCGUAUCCUGAUAGUUGUCAAAUGGAAGUGAGAGGUAUUGGAUGAGAACGGGAUGAAGAAAGAGAGAGAGAGGCCAGAAUAGCUUGCAUGGUAAAAAUGAGCCACUGAAUAUCACUAUCUUGUUAUAAGCAUGUGAACAUUGUUCUUUAGGUAUUCAUUGAAGAGAAACAUUCAAACUAGAGGCAGCCUAGCAGUGAGUGGUUUACACAGCAAAUCUUGUACAAUAUUGUGAAUGUGUAUAAGGAACAGUGCUUCAAUUACAAUUCUCAAUGACACUUGAACAGAUGUUUUUAAAAACAUAAAACACUGGCAAAAAUGCUGGUAAGUGAGAGAUCAUACCAGCAAGAGUUUUUAACCAAAAAAAUAUAAAUGUUCUUGCAAGAAAAUAAUUGACUGAGUUUUUUAAAAACUUCGCUCAAAUCAGCAGUUGAUAAGUAGAUGUAUUGUUUUUCAGAAAAUUGAAUGGGCUUUCUAUCUACAAAUUCCCACAGAUUAGUGAGAAUUCUCGUGAUUUUCAGAGCUGUAGUUCAGUAUUUCAGGAAAAUGAGUUAAUGUCUUUUGCUGUUUGACGGAAUUGGACGUGUUCUUGCCCCACAACAUUGCUCUCAUCGUGUUGCUUGAUACCUUUCACUAUCAACUAAGGGGAAUACUUUUCUUUGUGUUUACAAAUACAGGGGUUUUGUUUUUGAAGCUAUUGUCAGUCUUUUAAACCAAGGAGAAAAUACGGCUUAAAGAAUAUGCUGAUGUUAAUGUUUGUUAAUUUUGUUAUUUUCUAAGCUUGUGACAUUAAUAUCUUAAUUUUUCUAACAAAAUAAUUCCUGUUUUAAGUGACAACAUUUGUUGCCAUGGUUAUUUAAAGUUGAAUGUAGUACACAUUUUUUUUUCAGUCUCCAUCAGUAUUCCUUUAAAUCACAGAUGGUUGAAAAUGAGACCGCCAAAAACUGUUGCCGAAGUAGCCAAUUUUUGUUUUCUUAGGGCUAUUUUCUCUCCUCCUUCAAGUCCACUUCAUGAUGAGGUGCACUAAUAAUAGAUGCUGGGUGGCCUAUGGUACCUUGUCCAAUUGACAGUCCCUGACUGUGGUCUUCAAAUUAUUUAUUGGCUGGAAGAAAAUGUCCUUAGCAUAUCCUCAAUCUCUCUUGUUCCACAGAAGUGAAUAAACAUAGAAUUUCACUUUCAGCGGUUUAUUACAUUGGAGCUGCAGCACGUUCGGAAUAAUGCCUCAGGGGAGGAGGACACCAGUUUGAUCCCCUCCCAAUCUCCUGCAUUCCUAAUGUUAAUGCCUGUUCAAAGGUCUAAAUUGAAAGGAAGAUUAUCUUUCCGUCCGUUCCCCACAGUGCUCAGUGAUAUUGUCAUAGUGUAUUUAAUAUCAGAGUCACUGAGGAGUAAGCAGGAAAAACAUUUUUAUUUAAAAUAAAUUAGGUUUAUUUGGGGGACAAAAUCUUAGUUGCAGAUGGCCAUACCAUUUGCUUAGCAGAGCUAUUAGAAACAAAUCUAACAGUAUUUUGUGUUAUGUUAUAUUGUGCCUGAUUAGCUGUAAUGCCUGUUAAUAAACGUUUUUUGUUCCUUUA